GGAGAUUUUUUACAUAUGUACACAUCUGAUAUAUAUACGCAUUCGUUUUGGAUGUAAUUGAACUGCGAAACAAAUUUCGCACUUAUCAUUUUGGAUGGUCAUAUUUAUUGCUCAGCGGCCAUAAAUUGAUGUAAAAAGUGAAAAGUUAGGAAAACAUUGUUUAGAAUUUAAUCUUUUGAAAAUUUAGUUAAUUUCUAGGUGUGUGUAAUACAUUAUUGCGUUGCUUUUAAUAGGAACGUUCAACGCUGUGAAAAUAUAGCACAUGAUAUGCUAAUGAGUGAAAUAAACUAACAGUGAAUCUUGAAGCAAUUUGAUUUUAUUCUCUAUCUAAAAACGUAUUAUGGAGAGAAAAAUUUUUUAAAGAUAUAUGCUAUAAUUUGUAACCGGAAUAACGCAGAAAAAUUCGAUUUUACAUUUCCCGUAUAUUCGUGAAUGAUUAAAUAAAACCCAAUAUAUCAGAUGCGAAAGAUAACAUAGUAAACAAUAGAAUUAGCCAAUGAAAAAUUGAUUUUCCACAUAAAUGUAACAGCAAUAUUCCUAUAUAUAUAAUAAUUGCAUAUAUAUUGAAAUCAUUUCAUCCAGUUUUAGUGUUGAAUAAGUAAAACGUCCAUAUUGACGGAUUAUAAACAUAUACUAGUUUAUUUCUUUUUACAAUUAAUGACAUACUUAAGUGUUAAAUAUCAGUUGUUUUCGUAACGAUUGCAAACAGAUGUACUAAAGAGUAAAUAAGAUUGUAGUACUUUCAUUCCAUUUCGGUGUAACAUAAUGAACAUUGUCGGAGAAUAUGAAUAUAGUUCGAAGGAUAUGCUUGGCCAUGGCGCUUUUGCCGUCGUAUAUAAGGGACGUCAUCGCAAGAAACAUUUUCCAGUGGCUAUUAAAUGUAUAACUAAAAAGGGAUUGAUUAAAACUCAAAAUUUACUUGGAAAAGAAAUAAAAAUCUUAAAAGAAUUAACAGAGUUGCAUCAUGAGAAUGUCGUGGCGUUGUUGGACUGUAAAGAAUCACAAGACUGCGUCAACUUGGUCAUGGAGUAUUGUAAUGGCGGUGAUUUAGCAGAUUACCUCACUGUUAAGGGCACUUUAAGUGAAGACACUGUCAGACUCUUUCUUAUACAGUUGGCCGGUGCCAUGAAAGCACUUUAUACCAAAGGAAUAGUCCACCGUGAUCUUAAGCCACAAAAUAUUUUGCUUUCACACAAUUAUGGCAAAACUUUGCCUACGCCAUCGAAAAUCACACUGAAAAUAGCGGAUUUCGGGUUUGCACGUUUUUUGAAUGAAGGCGUUAUGGCAGCAACACUUUGUGGGUCUCCAAUGUAUAUGGCACCUGAAGUUAUCAUGUCGUUACAAUAUGAUGCUAAAGCUGAUCUCUGGUCCCUGGGUACAAUUGUCUACCAAUGUUUGACUGGCAAAGCUCCUUUUUUUGCACAAACCCCUAAUGAGUUAAAGGGUUACUAUGAAAAAAAUGCCAACUUGGCACCAAAAAUACCAAGCGGUGUCUCACCUGAUUUGCGAGAUUUACUGUUGUGUUUGUUGCGGCGCAAUGCCAAGGAUCGGAUCUCUUUUGAGAGUUUUUUCAGUCAUCGUUUCUUACAGGGGAAAUCGCCUAUAUAUGGUACACCUACUGAUGUGCCCCCGCAGAUGAGUUUGGAUACUAUUCCAGUAAAACCGAAAAGUUCUCAAAAGCUGCAUGAAAAGCCCCUGCAGCUUCCUGAGGCUAAUGUUGAUGCUAUUACAGCACAACCGGAUGAUACCUCAGUUUCAAUUGCGGAAAAUCCAGCUAUCUGUGCUACCAUUACAAAUGUUGGGGUGCUUUGUGACAGCGAAAACAACAGCGAUUCGUCUGGGUCGCCAGAGGAUUCAGAUGAUUUUGUUCUGGUGCCUAAGAAUCUACCAGAGGAUCAAAAUGUCAUUGAAUAUGAGAAGAAGUACGAAAUACGUACAUAUGGUAAAUUAAAUAUACCUAAACGUUACUCUUUCCUUCAAACUAGGCACUCAGCAUGCCAGGCUGCACAAACAGCAAACCAAUUAAACCCACUACGACCAAACAGUCUACCAAUAUCUGAACCCAAACCAGUUCCUGCUCCAGCUCGUCGGUUUUCGUCAAAUACCACUGAUACUGCAUCUGGGAGCAAUGCGUCGCCUGCGGGUCGUACUAAUGUUAAUAGUGAUAAAGUUCAACGACCACGUCCAAAUAUUUGCAACGAGAUUGUAAUUGCAACAUCCCCUAAACAACCCAGUGUGGUCACACAAUUUCCGCGGUCACAGCCUAUUAGUGUAAAACAACGCGCUGAACAUCGUAAAAAUAGUGUAAGCAGCGAUAUUAAUUCCAUUUCACCACCAGCGGUUCAAUUUGCUAUUGGUACACCGCCCGCCCGUCGCCGUUCUGCGUCGGGUAGUUCACUAUCGGAGACACCACCACCAAGUGCUCCAUGUACUUGGCAGGUAAGUCCAGGUACCCAGACUCAAUCCCCUCUACGACGAUCAGGUCACAGUUCACCGAUUCUUCCUUCUGUAUUGGCUAAAUUGCCGACACUGGGUAGCCCAACGUUGAUUGUAGCACCUGGUUCUGUCAAUUCGAUUGGCUCCGGUUCUUGUGGCUCAGAGAAUAAUAACCAACAUCCCGUAUUGGGUCCGCGCGCAUUUACACUACCCGAGCUCGGUGCCACAGGAGGUUUGCAAAGUCUUUUGGAUACAGCCAGUAGUCGUGCUACCGGUACAGAGGGCAAUCAACUUCAUACUUUCCAUGCGCCUGAAUUAUCGGAAGAAACACUUUUGGACCGCGAACAUAAUGAGACUUUAUCAAAGUUGAACUUUGUUUUGGCUCUUACUGAUUGUAUCCAAGAAGUUGCAGACUCGCGUUGCGCACCUCUUUCAGCCGUCAUGGCUGUGGGUGGAACAUCAAACGAUCAACAAUCCAUACCGCCACAUGCACCUGAACACUGCAAACGAGCUGAAAGAUUGGUAUUAUUGGUGCGUGCUUUACAGCUCCUCUCAAGUGGCUUAAACUUAGCAUCUCAACAGCUACGCAGCGGAAGCUUGAAACCUUCUUCAAAUGUUAAGAAUGCUUUGUUGGCAAUGAAUUCUAAAUAUCGAUCGAUUCUCUUUGAGUCUAAGAGAUUGAAUGGUUCCGGUUUGCUUCAAAAAGCUAAUGCGUUCAACAUUACAGCCGAUAAAAUUCUCUAUGAUUAUGCUUUAGAUAUGUGUCAGGCCGCUGCUUUGGACGAGUUGCUUAGUAAUACAAAAAAUUGUUUUGAACGCUAUAACACCGCACAUAUACUGCUACAUUCGCUAGUUCAAAAAUGCAAUCAUCCUCAGGAUAAAAUGCUAUUGAAUAAAUAUCGUGAUGCUGUUGAGAAACGUUUAAAUAUCUUGCAACAACAAGGCUAUAUAUAUGUGACUGAUGAAAGCUCUUAAGAUUCCGAAUAUAGGGUUUAUAGUUCAGUUGGGAGCCUUCCGUUUUCCUAUCAGCAAUCAUCUAUUUUAUUACUAUUCGAGUAUCUUAAAAUAUAAUUUAAGUAAAAUAAUAUUUUGCUAAUAUUUUAAUUUUUCGUUUGUGUAUGUAUCUAUGUAUGAGAAUUAAUUAUAAGGAAAUUCACGUACGUGCUUACAUACAUAUAUGCAUAUUAAAUAUAUUUCCUACGAAGAGAAUGUAUCCGAAUAA